AUGGCUGAUGAACGUUCUCGUCGCGGUCUGAAUCCAAACGCUCAAUCAUUUAUACCAAAUCCAGCUGCUCGUCCAUUUGUUCCUGGACAACCUUAUGUUUUCACAUCACAGCCUCCGCCAAUGUACCAUCAUCCGCCACCGUCUAUUGCCCAGGGAGCUUAUCCGGUGUAUCAACAGUAUGGUCAAAUGGGGCCAACAAAUGUAGCGCAACAUAUGGUACCACCGUCGGUUGCUACUCCAAUGUACCAUCAACCGAUUGCUACAACUGCUGCACCUUUGGUGGAGAUUCCGUCAAGUGCACCAUCUGUACAUCGCUUGCCACCUUCACAACAACAAGCACCUGUUGAUGCUUGGGAUGAUGAAAUAGAUGAAAGGGAAGAAGUGAUAGGAACAAAGGAGGGAUUGGUAACGGAAGAAGUGAUAAAUAAUGAUUCUUCACCCGCAGAGAAAGAGCAGGAACCGAUGAAACCUACAGAUUUGGAAACCGUAAAGCCAGGAAACAUCGGAAGCAAAGCAAACAAUAUACCGGUUACAAGGGAAACGGAUGACGAAGAUAUAGCAUUACCUGUGAAGUUGAAACAAGCUUACAUCGAUGAUAGCAGUCGAAAGGAACAUGUCAAUAUGGUUUUCAUUGGGCACGUUGACGCUGGUAAAUCUACGAUUGGUGGACAUCUAAUGUAUCUUACGGGAAUGGUGGAUAAACGUACACUGGAAAAAUAUGAACGAGAAGCAAAGGAUAAGGGAAGAGAGUCGUGGGACCACGUUAUAAACGUGGUACAUGCUCCAAAAUUAAACUCAGUCUGUGGUGGGUCUCCAAACUCGAUCUCCAAAAACAUUCCAUCUUUCUGUCAUUUUCGGUAUUUGUCGUGGGCACUGGAUACGAAUGAUGAGGAACGUGAAAAAGGUAAAACUGUUGAGUGCGGACGCGCAUUUUUUGAAACUGAGAAGAAACAUUUCACAAUUCUGGAUGCACCUGGGCACAAGUCAUUUGUUCCAAAUAUGAUCAGUGGAGCGACACAAGCAGACCUAGCUGUACUGGUCAUCAGCGCGCGAAAAGGCGAAUUUGAAACUGGUUUUGAUCGAGGUGGCCAAACACGUGAACAUGCAAUGUUGGUCAAAACUACUGGUGUGAAAUAUCUUGUUGUGCUGGUAAAUAAAAUGGAUGACCCUACUGUCAAUUGGAACGAGGAAAGGUACAAGGAAAUUCAAAACAAACUUACACCUUAUUUACGGAAAUGUGGUUUCAAUCCAAAAACGGAUAUUAUAUACAUUCCAGUUUCUGGGCUUACCGGAGCAUUUCUGAAGGAGCGGCCAAGUUCUGAAUUCGGUUCUUGGUACACUGGCCCAUGCUUCAUUGAGUAUAUUGACACCAUGUUACCGUCAAUUAGUCGUGAUUAUGAAGGACCAGUACGCGUUAUUAUUGCCGAUAAAUACAGUGAUAUGGGUACCAUAAUUCUCGGAAAAAUGGAAUCAGGUGUUGUAGUUAAAGGCCAAACGUUAACAGUUAUGCCAAAUAGGACGAGCAUUCAAGUAAUUCAACUGUGGUCAGAUGAUGUGGAAGUUGAUAAAGUGGUUUCUGGUGAUAAUGUAAAACUGAAGUUGAAGGGGAUUGAGGAUAACGACAUUUUGCCUGGUUUUGUGUUAUGUUCUCCGGAUGCACUAUGUCAUGUCGGGAGAGUUUUUGAUGCUGAAGUGGUUAUUCUGGAUCAUAAAUCAAUAAUCGCGUCUGGUUAUUCUUGUGUGCUACAUAUCCAAUCAGCAACCGAAGAAGUUAUCGUGAAGGCAGUAAUUUGUACAAUCGACAAGAAAACAGGAAGUAAGGUGAGAGCACGAUUCGUAAAGCAAGAUGAAAAGUGUAUAAUGCGGCUGGAAAGUUCGGAAUCAUUUUGUCUUGAAGCAUUCAAGAACUUCCCACAAAUGGGACGUUUUACACUACGUGAUGAAGGCAAAACAAUAGCUAUUGGCAAGGUACUGAAGGUUGUGGAAUGA